CCCUCUCCCCAGUGUAACUCUCUCUACUUCCACUUGUCCACCCUCUCCCCAGUGUAACCUCUCUACUUUCCCCUCUCCCCAGUGAUCCCACUCUACUUCCACUUCUCCCUCUCUCCCCCGUAAAACCCCUCUACUUCUGCCUCUUCUCCCCCCGCCAGUGUAACCCCUUCACUUCCAUGUCUUCCUCCCUCUCCCCAGUGUAACCCCCUCUACUUCCACUUCUCCCCCUCUCCCCAGUGAUCCCCUCUGCUUCCACUUCUCCCCCCCUCCCCAUUGUAACCCCUCUACUUCCACUUCUGCCCCCUCUCCCCAGUGUAACACUUCCAUGUUUUUUCCCCUCUCCCCAGUGUAACCCCUCUACUUCCACCUCUCCCCAUUGUACCCUCUCCUCCUUCACUUCUCCCCUUCUAUUCUCUCCCCUCCUUCUCUCUUCUUCAGUUUUACCCACUGUGUCUGCCACAAUCUCCCCUCUUCCCCCCUUUUUUUCUGAACCCCCUCUAUUCGUGCCCUCUUCCUUAAUUCUCCCCUCUCCUCCCUCUGUAUUCCUCUCAUUCUGAGUAUUAGUCUCUCAGCCGUUUAAUGUUCAUCCUCUCCUCCUCCCUCUGGUUUUCUCAUUCUGUCCAUCCCUCCCUCUGCCUCCUCCACGCCCCCCCCCCGAUCCCGGUACCGCAUUGCUGUGCUGCAGGGGUGACUGCAUUGCGCUGGGGCCGUCAAUAGGUGGACCCCUCCCGGAGAAAUAAAACAGCCUGUGUGGGUACCGGCAGCCCCUGCUGUCUGAGAACCCAGCUACCAGGUAAGAGCUCCCUGCCUGCUUCUCCAUGCCCACACCGCCCUAAUGGGGACAAUUCACCUGGUGCCCCUGCCCUUCCCAUAAACCCCCUGCUGUCACCAUGUACCCCUGUCCUUCCCAUAUACCCUGUGCUGUCACCAUGUACCCCCUGUCCUUCCCAUGUACCCCCUGCUGUCACCAUGUACCCCCUGUCCUUCCUAUAUACCCCCUGCUGUCACCAUGUACCCCUGUCUUUCCCAUGUACCCCCUGUCCUUCCCAUACACCCUCUACUGUCAUCAUGUACCCCCUGUCCUUCCCAUGUACCCCCUGCUGUCACCAUGCACCCCCUGUCCUUCCUAUAUAACCCCUGCUGUCACCAUGUACCCCCUGUCCUUCCCAUAUACCCCCUGCUGUCACCAUGCAUCCCCUGUCCUUUCCAUGUACCCCCUGAUGUUACCAUGUCCCCCCUGCCCUUCCCAUGUACUCUCUGCUGUUACCAUAUACCCCCUUCCCUUCCCAUGUGCCCCCUGCUGUAACUAUGUACCCCCUGCUGUAACCAUGUACCCCUGCCCUUCCCAUGUACCCCCUGCUGUUAACAUGUACCCCCUGCUGUAACCAUGUACUCCCUGCUGUAACCACGAAACCCCUGUCCUUCCCAUGUACCCCCUGAGGUAACCAUAUACCCCUGCCCUUACCAUAUACCCCCUGCUAUUAUCAUGUAACCAUGUACCCCUUGCCUUUAUCAUGUACCCCUUGCCCUUACAUGUACCCCUGCUGUCACCAUGUACCCCCUAAUGUUACCAUAUACAUCCACCCCUUACAUGUACCCCCUGCUGUUACCGUAUACCACCUGCCCUUCUUAUGUACCCCAUGCCCUAAUCAUAUAUGCCCUGCCAAGCCUGUAUUACCCUUAGCUAACUCAUCUCCCUCCUGCCCAGCCUGCAGCUAUCACCCUCAGCCCUGCUCCCUCUGCAGCUAUCACCCUCAGCCCUGCAGCUAUCACCCUCAGCCCUGCUCCCUCUGCAGCUAUCACCCUCAGCCCUGCUCCCUCUGCAGCUAUCACCCUCAGCCCAUCUCCCUCUGCAGCUAUCACCCUCAGCCCUGCCCCCUCUGCAGCUAUCACCCUCAGCCCUGCUCCCUCUGUAGCUAUCACCCUCAGCCCUGCUCCCUCUGCAGCUAUCACCCUCAGCCCUGCUCCCUCUGCAGCUAUCACCCUCAGCCCUGCAGCUAUCACCCCCAGUCAGUCCUGCAGCAUCACUUAGUGACAGAAAUAGUUUCCUGCGCAACAGCUACACAGUGAUGUUUAUACAAUGCAUUUGCAACAACUCCCCCCCAAUCCCCUCCACCAAAAAAAAAAAAAAUUGAGCAGGGAGAUUUAAGCUGGAGGGGCGAGUGGUUGUGGGGCGAGGGGUAGAGGAUUGUUUUUACCUGCAGUGGGAAUUUUAGUCUUUGCUUUCUCUGUUUGUAUUUGUUUCUCUGUUCCAGAAAAAUACUUCAUGAAGCCUCAGAAAGACAGGCAACAUACAGACAGAAAGACAGACAAAUACAGCACAAGCACAGACAGACAGGCAGGCAGACAUAUACGACAAUAAGCAAAACACAGACAAGCAGACCGACGGAUAAACAGAACACCAGCAGACAAACAGAUAAAUAUAGAAUCAGGCAAUGAAGAGACAGGAGAUGGAGAGACAGAUAGAUACAGGAUCAGACGACAGACAAACAGCUCUGUAUACAGCACAAGCACACACAAAUAGACUGGUAAAGACAGCUAAACGUAGGAGGGAAUGGACAGACAGACAGAUAAAGACAGAACCAGGGGACAGACAGACAUUACAACAUGAAGAUAGCUGGGUGUACAAUAUAGAUAGACAUAAAAAGGUAGUGUGAAAUGAAGUGUAUAGAAACAUAUUAUAGACAUAAACAGAGUAUAUACAAACAGUCAAAAAAAGUAUCAGAAUAUAUAGACUCAUGGCUAUAUACAGGAACGGGGUAUAUAGAUACACACAGCUAUAUACAGGAUCAGGCUAUACAGAGACACACAGCUAUAUACAGGACCGAGGUAUAUAGAGACACAGCUAUAUACAGGACCAGGGUAUAUAGAGACACAGCUAUAUACAGGACCAGGGUAUAUAGAGACACACUGCUAUAGACAGGACCAGGUUAUAUGGAGACACACAGCUAUAUACAGGAACUGGGUAUAUAGAGGCACACAGCUAUAUGCAGGCCCGGGGGUAUAUAGAGACAGACAGCUAUAUACAGGACCAGGGUAUAUAGAGACACACAAAUAUAUACAGGACCGGGGUAUAUAGAGACACACAGCUAUAUACAGGACCUGGUUAUAUGGAGACACACAGCUAUAUACAGGAACGGGGUAUAUAGAGACACACAGCUAUAUACAGGACCAGGCUAUAUAGAGACAAACAGCUAUAUACAGGACUGGGGGUAUAUAGAGACAGACAGCUAUAUACAGGACCAGUGUAUAUAGAGGCACACAGCUAUAUGCAGGACCAGGCUAUAUAGAGACACACAGCUAUAUAUAGGACCGGGGUAUAUAGAGACACACAGCUAUAUACAGGACCAGAGUAUAUAGAGACACACAACUAUAUACAGGACCGGGGUAUAUAGAGACACACAACUAUAUACAGGGCCAGAGUAUAUAGAGACACACAACUAUAUACAGGGCCAGAGUAUAUAGAGACACACAGCUAUAUACAGGACCUGGGUAUAUAGAGACACACAGCUAUAUACAGGGCCAGAGUAUAUAGAGACACACAGCUAUAUACAGGACCUGGGUAUAUAGAGACACACAGCUAUAUACAGGACCAGAGUAUAUAGAGACACACAGCUAUAUACAGGACCAGAGUAUAUAGAGACACACAGCUAUAUACAGGACCGGGGUAUAUAGAGACACAGCUAUAUACAGGACCUGGGUAUAUAGAGACACACAGCUAUAUGCAGGACCUGGGUAUAUGGAGACACACAGCUAUAUACAGGAUCAGGGUUAUAGAGACACACAGCUAUAUGCAGGACCUGGGUAUAUGGAGACACACAGCUAUAUGCAGGACCUGGGUAUAUGGAGACACACAGCUAUAUACUAUAUUAGGAGUCUGAUACCUGAUAUUAUAUUUUAUGGACUCGCUGUAUGUCAGGAGUCAGUCAGAGUGAGACCAAGCGAUAUAAAUGGGCAUGGUCUACUUAUUGCCACAUGGAGGACAGACUGACUGGCAUAGAGAGGCUGGCACAGACAGACAGAUUGGCACAGGCCGGCUGGCACUAUCCGCUAAUAGCAGACAGAGUAAGUAACAGUGGAAUCUGUCAGUUUCUGACCUACAGAUGGGUUAAAGUUGGCAUUAAAUGACCCAGGACAAAUCAUAUCCCCCUGGAUUAUGCAGACAGACAGAUAUGUACUCUUUGGGUUUGUGUCCAGGAGACACUUGUUUAUACACUGUGCCAUUCGCUUUACCACCCAUGUACGUUCUCUUCUCUUUAACCAUCUGUUGCCAUCCUGCCUUUGAUAGAUGGGAACAAGGGCAUUAAACACGUAUCGAGGCCAGCGGAGCUCGCCAUAUGGGCUGCACCCAUCGCUUAUUCACCUGAGCUCAGGGCAGCCCUGGGAUUUGAGAACAGUUAUUCUUUCACAGUGAAAAAGGUUUAACACAGAGAAACGCAGCGUUCGACCACACUGGCAGUGAUAUGGUUAAACAUGAUAAAUGAACCCUACAAAUGAAGUCCUUCAUUUAAUAUUUUUUUUAAUAAGCUGUUUGCUAAACAUCUAAAAUGAUAUAAUAUUUUGAAAAAUAUUUUACAGGUUGAAUUUUUUGUUGUAUUGAUUUUUUUUUAUAAGUGAAACAGUCAAGCGGAGGCCACUGCUUCCCCCAAAUAUCUGUGGAAUAUGUAACUACAGAAUAGCAUAGUUAUUAACUAAAGUGAGAAUUUAAAACUUAAGGCCUGAGUAGUCAAACUGGAAGCAGAUUUGUUCCAGUUUCGGCUAUUUUGACCUUAAAUUUGAAAUUCGCUUUGAAUUCACAUUGAGUUCUAACUUCAGGGAAUAAAUCUGUAAGUGAAAUUGGGAUGUGCAGAUUUUUUGAGACCCACAGAGUUCCAUUGAUCGCUAGAUCAGAACCGACGAUUCCCUCCCUGCAGACACGCGCCGUUUCAUUCGUAUCAGAUUAUGUGAAAGAAAGAAAUGAUGUAAUUUCUAAAUAUAACGCAGCACAGCUCUGACAGGAGAGCAGUGGCACUAUACCAACAUGUAUAUUGAUAAUGAGAACGCUCCUAACAUGUUCCUAUCUGCUCUGCCCCUGGUAAAAUCAAUUUCAAAAGCUUGGUAUUCUACUGUUUUCACUCCAUAGACCUUCCAGGCGUGCAAGGAUGACCGCAGUCACAUGACUUGCGUUAACACGCCAUAAAUCAGUCAUUUUUCCUGGGGAGGAUUUUGACAGAUUACACUCCCCACGAUGCCUCGUCUUGCCAACAUAGAAGUGACCUGAGCACUACCCCAAACCACCACGCAGGUUGAAUUAAUAGGAGGUUAUAAGUAUAACUCCAGUUCAGAGGGGGAACUAAUGUAGAGAGGGCCCUGGUGCGAGAAAUUAUUUUGGGCCCUCUCUAGCGCAAGAGUGACCAAAAGAUCGAUCCCCAUUGUCGUACAACUCCGACAAUGCUUUUCCACUAGUGAUCUACCUAUUUCCCAUCCUUGCAAGGUUGUAUAAUUGAGCAGUGUUUGUGCGUUCGAAUGUAGGCAUGUUUUUGUAUAGAGUAUGUGUGUGCGCAUGUGGGAGUGUAUUUGUAUGUGGUAUGGCAUACUUGUGUGUAGUCUUUGUUUGUAUGCAGUCGUGUGCUUAUAUGUAGUGUUGGUCGUUAAAUACGUUAGCUUUUGUGUGUAGUAUUGGUGUUUUAAAGAAGAGGUGUCUGUAUAUAAUUUUAGCGUUUUAACACAGGGGUGUGUUUGUAUGUAAUGUUAGUGUUUCAUAGCAGAGGUGUGUUUGUAUGUAGUGUUGGCUUUUAAAUGUGGGUGUACAUUUGUGUGUAGUAUUGGUGUUUGAAUGAAGAGGUUUGUUUUUAUAUAAUUUUAGCGUUUGAAUGCCUGGGUGUGUGUGCGUGCUAUGUUGGCGGUUGAUUGCUGGGAUGUAUGCACAUACACACAUACACUGCCACAUACAUACUUACACAGAUUUACAUACAUAUUAGCACACUGACACACACACACACACACUGACACACACACACACACACACUAACACACAGAUACACACAUUGACACAUACAAUCAAACUCAGAUAAUAAGACUGACACUUUCACACUAAAACACACAUACACACAGAUACACAAAGACUGACACACAGACUGCCAUAUACACACACAGACCCUGACACACGUACAAGCUGAAAGUUGUAUAUUUGCAGUCACGCGAUGGGCCCGCUCUGCACUGUUGGUAGUUCCGCCCCUGCUCCAAAGGCCAUUAAAGUGUUAGCUCUGAUGCCAUGUUAAAACAAAACCUCUUAGCUGAGCCCUACACUAACAAUUCACAUUACAUCUUUCAUCUAGGUGAGACAGAGAGGGGUAUUUUUGUUUGGGGGGGUGGGGUAUGGGGUCUAUGUAUUUGGCAGAACUGUCUAUUCAUUGGGCAUGAAAUUCAUCCCUACUCUGCAGGCCUAUUAUAAUACAUGGGGGGAGCUCUCCUGAAUACAGAGGUUUUAGGAUUCAUUCAUUGCAAUGAAAUGAUUCAUUACAAUUUCUAAGCUAGAACAGCCUCAUUAUAAAAAUCCUCCUAAACGCCCAUUUUACUCUGCAAUUCCUUAUUUAGUAAUAAUAAAACCCUUAAUCGUAUUGCACACAUUGAAUAAUGCUUUUUAUGUGGAUAGUAUGGAUAUAUUCCCACACCUUCGUGAAAUAAAUGAAUAUUAUAUAUUGCCUGUUCAGCAUGAUUGGGUAACCCAGGGUUCUACCAAUCUGUUAGAGCAGAGUCAGAGAUGAGUUGGACCUUGGCUGCCCUGUCUCAUGUUACAGCCCCGGUAUGUUGAGCAGUUGGAUGAGGAGUUGAAAGUGACUUUUUUUGCCUUUCCCGCAGAUCUCUACCCCCAAAGACUUCAGAAUGGGGAAAGAGAAGAUACACAUCAAUAUUGUCGUCAUCGGACAUGUCGACUCUGGAAAGUCCACCACCACCGGGCACCUCAUCUACAAAUGUGGUGGUAUCGACAAGAGGACAAUAGAGAAAUUUGAGAAGGAGGCAGCCGAGGUAAGAUUGUGUGAAACAUGUAAUUACUCGAAAAUGAAUAAUCGCUGGGAAUUCCAUAUCAAAUGGACUGUAACGGGUUCUGUCUUGCCACAUCUCCCCAUGAAGACUGUUCUCAGGCCAAUCCAUGAUAAGACUUCUAAAAUAGUCCUCUUAUGGAGAAAUUCAGACCCCAUACCAGUAUACUAUAACCACUACAAACCUUCUAUCAGUAUACUAUAACCACUACAAACCUUCUGCCAGUAUACUAUAACUACUACAGACCCCAUGUCAGUAUACUAUAACCACUACAGACCCCGUGUCAGUAUACUAUAACCACUACAAACCUUCUGCCAGUAUACUAUAACUACUACAGACCCCAUGUCAGUAUACUAUAACCACUACAGACCCCGUGUCAGUAUACUAUAACCACUACAAACCUUCUGCCAGUAUACUAUAACUACUACAGACCCCAUGUCAGUAUACUAUAACCACUAUAGACCCCAUGUCAGUAUACUAUAACCACUACAGACCCCGUGUCAGUAUACUAUAACCACUACAAACCUUCUGCCAGUAUACUAUAACUACUACAGACCCCAUGUCAGUAUACUAUAAUCACUACAGACCCCAUGUCAGUAUACUAUAACCACUACAGACCCUGUGUCAGUAUACUAUAACCACUACAAACCUUCCAUCAGUAUACUAUAACUACUACAGACCCCAUACUUGCAUGCCAUAACCAAUACAGACCCCAUACUAAUAUAUUAACACCAAUAUGUGCCUCAUACCACUAUCACCAUUACAUUUGCCUUGUUUUUGUCCAUCAUGUAGAUGCGUGAAAACAUGUUCAAGAAAACAUGGUAGCCGUAGGGUGGCAAAGUCUGAUAUUACAUGAUAUAGUGUGUGGAGCCAGAGAUUGCAAGGUCAUUAUUCCACCAUAUUUUUCACACACACACUAUCUCUUCCUCAUAUUGUUGGACGGUGGAUGAAAAGGUCUGCCCUUGAAUAUGUAGAAUUCAUAUGCUGUGAGAAGACAGUUAGCAGUGAAGGUUCUACUUGAUUAAUAAAAGGAGUUGAGUCCUUGAGAACAUGCGUGCUACACGUCUGGUCAGUGCUUUUCAUGCACAACCCUUUAGUAUGUUGAAGUGAUAUGUGCACAGCAAAAUGUGGUGGGUCUGGCAACCCGAACGGUGAGGCGGGGGUGUGGGGUGAUAAUGCCAGGUGUACUGAACUGGUACCUGGGACACCAUCAGAAUUUUUCACCCUAAAGUGGGACCCAGGCCAAACUAGCUGACAUGGAAACAGGUGACCUGGAGAAUUUUUCUGAAUUGACAAUUUUGGACUAAAACAUAAAAUUGACUUUGAAUCCUUGGCAGUGCACAGUUUACUGGAUAACCCUGUCAGUGUGUGAUAAUCCUACAGGACAGACUUGCAGUGAUGGUGUCUAGCAGCUGAGAGCCGAGGCCUCAUAGACUGCUGCCUCUGCCAGGAUGUAAUGAGAGCCUCCAUUUUCUUUGAGCACUCAGAGGGCACGCUGUCCGCUCGGCACCACAAGACUUCCAAAUGGAGCUCGGCACGAGGACGGGGGGAGCCCAGCGCAGGGCAUUAUUUAACCCAUUAUUUAUCACACUGAUGGGAAAAUGUCCUAUAAUUAACAGGAAAAAGAAUGUGAAAUUCAAGGGAACUGGUUUAACUGAUUUCACUGCAGGAUUAGUCCCAAAAUGAUUUAUUUAAAAAAAUCAGAUUUAAUUAUACAGUAAAUAUUCUCAUUAAACCACUUGGGUGCUGGUAUAAAAUAAAAAUAAACUAGAUGCUGUCCUGCUUUGGCACCCAAACUGUUAAAUAGCUGUAUUUAGCUUAUAAUGCCUUGUACACAAUUUAAUAAUUUGUUGUGAUUAAUAUGAACCAAUAGGGUUUAUUCACUAAAUCAUGAAUUAUGGAGACUUUAUGAGUGAAUUGCCAUUUGUAGACCGAAAUAGUUUAAUUAGAAAAACUCUCCAAUUUGGCGUCAUUUUCCAGCCUGGGUUUAUUGUGUUAAAAUUUGAAAUCGAAAUUCCCUCAGUGUUUAUUGCAGAGAUGGAGUACUCGAGCGGCACUGACACAUGUACCUGUUUUUUUUUUGACAGAUGGGGAAGGGAUCCUUUAAGUACGCGUGGGUUCUGGAUAAGUUAAAGGCAGAGCGGGAGAGAGGAAUCACAAUCGAUAUCUCUUUGUGGAAGUUUGAGACGACCAAAUAUUACAUCACAAUCAUCGACGCCCCAGGACAUCGCGACUUCAUUAAGAACAUGAUCACCGGGACCUCACAGGUGUCAAACACAGGAUUUAUGGCUGUGCAUGCUACCUAGAUAUUCCAAAACAUUGCUCAUAUGGCACCCUUCAUUGCAAAAUAUUCUGUGUUUACUCCAUGAUGAAUGUCCAAGUGAGUGAGUACUCGCUACAGGUUACAGGAUUCCUGUCUGUAAAUUUUCACUAGUUAGGCCGUUUAGGGCGAGGGUUGAAGUAUGUUUUAUCUUCUCGGAAAAGAUUUUAAAUUUUUUAACGGAAUGGUCGUUUUUUGGGGUCCCUUGUCAUAGAUCCAGUGUCUGUUACCUAGUGUGAGCUUAGCACAAUAUCUGAUCAUUUUGUAGAAUAGUUUUUUUAAGGUUAUUUAUUACAAUUACUGGUAUUUAUAUGGCGCCAGCAUAUUCCGUAGAGUUUUACAAUAUUAUCAAAGGGGGAGAUUUAACAAUAAAUGAGACAAUUACAAAAACUUACAGGAACAAUAGGUUAAACAGGGCCCUGCUCAAACACAAAAGGACAGGAGGUAGCAAUCAAACAAGGUGGGAGUGAAGCAGAGCUGGAGGAGAGAGUAAAGUGCUGCCCUUUAGGAGAGAGCAGGGGACAGGUAUGUGAGGUAGAGGUUACUCUGGGAGGCCAUAAGCUUUCCUAAAGAGAUAGGUUUGGAGGAACUUUUUAAAUUAUUAAAGACUAGGAGAGAGCUUGAUGGUCGUAGGCAGGCUAUUCCAAAGGAAAGGUGCCACCCGUGAGAAGUCCUGCAAGCGUGAGUUGGCCGUACCGGUGCGAGCAGUGGACAGGAGAAGGUCACGGGCAGAGCGGAGAGACCGAGAAGGGGCAUAUCUAUGGAUCAGGGAAGAGAUAUAAGAGGGGCUAGAAUUGGUCAAUGCUUUAUAGAUGAGUUAGUACUUUGAAUUGACUCCUAUAGAAUGCAGGAAGCCAAUGUAAGGACUGACAGAGGGGAGAGGUGUGAGAGGAGCGACAGGAGAGGAAAAUCAGUCUAGCUGCAGCAUUUAUUGUUUCUAAUUAAUAUGUGUAAAACUAAAUAAUGUAUAUUUGGGGGUCUUCAGAACUCUUACUUAGGCCCAAAUUAGAAAUAAAAAGUCCUCCUUGCCUUGAUUCUGUGUUUGUAUUUGUCCUUAUUGUAAUUUGUCGAGAUCCGUCUUCCUGUUGUAUGAAAGACAUGUCUAUAAGAUAAACUCUCAUACACACUGUCUCCACUCCCCCUCCAGGCAGACUGUGCGGUGCUUAUUGUGGCUGCCGGGGUGGGUGAAUUUGAAGCCGGUAUCUCGAAGAAUGGGCAGACUCGUGAGCAUGCCCUACUGGCCUACACCUUGGGAGUAAAACAGCUGAUAGUGGGCAUCAAUAAAAUGGACUCCACCGAGCCACCAUACAGCGAGAAACGCUACGAUGAAAUUGUGAAAGAAGUUAGCGCUUACAUCAAAAAGAUCGGCUACAACCCUUCCACUGUUCCAUUUGUGCCCAUCUCUGGCUGGCAUGGAGACAACAUGCUGGAACCAUCUCCCAAUGUAAGUGGGAAAUCAGGUCGGUAACAAUAAAUAAAUACCUUACUUAGAUAAAUAAUUUCUCCUUCAGACCUUGUGAGAAACUAAAUACAGAUUUUUUUACUUUAAUCCAGUAAAAAAUCUGUAUCUAUAUAUAUAUAUAGCAAAAAGAAAGAUGGAGAACUCCGAGAACGGUUAACAGCUUAGAACUCGCAUGCAUUAGGCCUCAUUCCCAGCAUUCAUUUGCCGCUCGACUCUCUUCCUGAUUCGCUGGUAUUUUUCAUCUGCACAACAGCCAUCUCACUCAAACUAAAGGAACCGGCAAAAGCCCCAAAAUCCUCAAUCGCUUGCCGUUUGGUUAUUCUCCGCUCAGGUGUCACCUCUAUCAAUUACAUAUCAGACUGAUCCGAAAGGUCAGUCCAGAUUCUAAAAAUACAAGAGAUAUUGCAACCCCAGACGAUCAUUUCAGCCUUCUUCUGCAGAGGGAACUUACCGGCAUUUUGGUUCUGGACUUCCCUUCAUGGGCGGAAUGAGUCUGAUAUGCAAAUGGUUUUGAUUCUCAGUUGCUGCAGCUCUCUCCUUCCAGGCAGAUAUCAUCCCCUCUGCCUACACCGCUGCAGCUCUCUCCUUCCAGGCAGGUAUCUUCCCCUCUGCCACUGCAGCUCCCCGCUUUUAUGCAGAUAUCCACCUCAGCCUAUUCCGCUGCAGCUCUUCUUCCAGGCAGGUAUCCAGAGCACUGCGUAUAAUGUGAUUAUAGCAAUUGCCUUUAGAAAGGCACUUGCGACUCUCAGGCCUAGCUCUUUUGAUUUAUCCCAGGGCUAUAUGGAUCGUGCAGUCAGCCAAUUGGUCGGUCCAAAAACUCUGUUACACUCUGUUACUGGGAUCCCUAAAAAUCCACACAGAAUACACUUCCAAAUGGAACAAAAAUGCAAAGCUUUAUUUUUACUAGGGACUAGCCCAUAUGCAUUUUACAUCAAGCUUGCUGUGACAAACUUAAUAAAAUAAAAUAACCAAAACAGGUCAGAAAACAUACAGGGAAAUAUAACAACAUAAUAUAUUUAUAAAGGGUGGGGAAGACAAUAUUAACACAAAAUAUCUCUCCUGCCUGCAGAAUUAACAAUAUGCAAAUCUACAUUAUUAUGCAAAAUAACAAGCCUUGCUAUUCAGGUAGUGCAUACAGCUGUUGCUACCAAUAGGUGGUGCUGUACAGGCUUCACAGCCAAAUCCAUCUAGGUGGUAGCAAGCACCAGCAGGACAGAAGAGCUCACAAAACAUUUAACAAAACAAUAAAACAACAAUACACACCCUGCACCUAUAAUGGGCACAGGGUGACUUAGACAUAGGAGUAAUCUAGGGUCCUACAUAAAGUGUCCUUAUGAAACUCCAGGUGAUGGUGACUACUGUCACAGCUGCUAUUCACCGAUCUGGUGAGGAGUUCUAGACUUCCAGCGGCUUAGUCCCAGUCUCACAAAAGGGGUUCCCAGAUCUCUGGGGACAGAAGCACUCUCAAAUCCCAGGUAUCCUCUGAUACCUCCAUGCCUCCUGAAGCUUCCAUUCAAACAGUUCUCUAUUUGGAAGUCUGGUGAGUGAGCAAUACCUGCUUAAAGAUUCACCGGACCUUGGCGGAGUUCUAAUUAGAGUAACAGUUCCAGAGUGUUUCAGGGUAUCUCCUGGUCCAGCAUUCAAUGUGUGAAACAGGCUGAGGUACUCAAGUCCAGUUGGGAAGCACAGUAAGCUUCAGGGGCCCUCAUACCCCUGCCCACAGAAACCCAUGUCCAUAGUCUGUGUGUAGGAGGCUGGCCUUCAAGCCUCUACAGAAGUCUGUGGCACGGGAGCUUCAAUGCAUCUCUAUGAGGACAUGCAAUGCAUCUUUAUGAGCAGAUGCUGAUUGGCGCAGAGCAAGAACUGCUGCGCAUGUACAAUAACCACCCAAAUGCAUCCGUAAAGCUAAUUAAACCUUAUUUAUUUAAUUAUGGCGGGGCGGGGGGGAGUGUUAACCUGAACAUUGGAGAAAACACUCCAGCUUUAGAAAUACAGGUAUACAGAGUGUUCCGUUAAAUUUAUGAUAUUUUUAGGAUAGGGAAUAAGUAGGGCUUGCUUCUUCAUACACUCCUGCAAGUGUGCACUCUUGUGAGUAUAAAUGAAAGAACCCGACAGAAGGAUUUUGUCCUAGAAAGCACUUUACCGGAGUUAAAUGUUCCACAACCCCCUUCUUUAAUCUCCAUUUAGAUGUGUGUGCCCCUGACUCAUCAGAAAGACUCUGGCAGGUCUAGGACAUUCCUUGCUCAUCAGAUCCCAUAAAGUCAGUUAUAAAAAGACAGAGGCUCGGUGCCAGCAGGACCGUUCUGGAAGUCAGGCCCCCCAGACAACCAAACAUGGGCUUUAUUUCUGCCUCCUCUCAAUGGGUUUUAAUAGAUUCUUACUUCAUAAGAGGCCGGAACGUCGAUAUAUUCCUGGAAACUGGUGGGGUAUGAGUUGUUUUAUUCAUACCUUUUGUGAUCAGAGUUUUAACUCAAAAUAAACCAUUAACGUCUAUAUAGUGCAUUGCAGUACAGGGUCCACCUCUCGAUAUAAUCUGUAUAUAGUGAUACUUUACAAUACAGCCAUAUAUAUGGUGAUUAUAAUAUAUAUAUCUGACUCUGUAACGAAGAUCGGGUUAUAAUGAGUGAUACUAUCUGUACACCUGUAUGUAGGAUGUUUAUAAUAUGUGUCUGUAUUGUAACAAAGAUCGGGAUGGACUGAGUAAUACUAUGUGUACUCCUGUAUAUAGGAAAUUAAUAAAAAUAUAGGAUGAUAUAGUGCUAUAGUGAGCUGUAUCCUAGCUUGCACUUGGCCCUUCAUAUUUCAAUUUGCUCCAACUCACAGUUUAGUGAAUAAGGCCCAGCUCAGGGAGACUCUCCAUCUUACACAGUAAAUCAUUCUCUCGUCCCGUAGAUGCCGUGGUUUAAAGGAUGGAAGGUGGAGAGGAAAGAAGGAAAUGCCAACGGCGUUUCACUGCUAGAGGCGCUCGAUACCAUCCUUCCACCAACUCGCCCAACAGACAAACCUCUGCGACUUCCCCUGCAGGAUGUCUACAAAAUUGGUGGUAAGGUCCACGUGCUGGUUAUUUGCAGCUUCUGUAGAACCUCUACUUAUAGUUCUUAUUUAUAUUGUAGUCCUGGUUCAUGUUUCAUUUUUGGAGAUCAGUUUAUCUGUGCCACAAUGCCAAUGACACAAUUUGCAUUUUAUAAGCGCUUCAUGACAGAGUCUAAGAAAAAUGCUAUGGAAUAAAUACGUAGAUAAAAUGAUGAUUAUGAUAUUGUACCUUUUCACAAGUCUGGGCCUGAUGGCUGGAUUUAGGAUUGCUCAAGCAAGAAUGGAAUUUUGUAAAGCAAGCUCUUUUUAGAGUAGAGGGCUGCCGGGGUCUUUUUAUUUUAGUUUCUCACUAAAAUGGCGCAAAACUGCUUAAAAUAAUGUCAAAUUGGUUAAAAGAAAAAAAAAGAGAGAAUUUUCAUUUGUUGUAUGAAAAAAACCUACAAAAACCAUGAACAUUAUGGGGAUACCAGCAGACGCCAUAAAGCCCGACACAUUGAUAUAACCAAGACAACGUGAACCGGGUAAGCCGUAACUAGACAGACCAGCGGGCCUGGCAAUAUCUCUAGCCGUGACUUUUAAGGGGGCUGAAGAUGCCAGAAAUGGCUGGCAUGGGGCAGCAUUCUGCAGUAUCUCCCAAUGUAAGAUCACUCAGACAAGGUUGGGAACACGUAUGAACUAGACUUCAGAAGAGUAUGCUUGUGACAUUGAACGAGUCAUCCAAUAUUAUUCAUAUUCACUUUCUAUUUGAGGAAUAUGAUUGCCAACUAUAAAUUUAGUGUAGAAGAUCACCAGAGUGGUUUUAGCUACUACGCUAAGAGUUGGAGAGGAAGGGCAAUGGAUUAGAGGUGAGCUCUCAUGGGACAUGUAGUUUAGUGAUGUUUGAGGUGAGCUCUCUUCAUGGGACAUGUAGUUUAGUGAUGUUUGAGGUGAGCUAUCUUCAUGGGACAUGUAGUUUAGUGAUGUCCGAGAUGAGCUAUCUUGGGACAUGUAGUUUAGUGAUGUCCGAGAUGAGCUAUCUUGGGACAUGUAGUUUAGUGAUGUUUGAGGGGAGCUAACAUAGCGCAUGUAGUUUAAUGAUGUCCGAGAUGAGCUAACAUGGCGCAUGUAGUUUAGUGAUGUUUGAGGUGGGCUAUCAUAGGACAUGUAGUUUAGUGAUGUUUGAGGUAAGCUAUCAUGGGACAUGUAGUUUAGUGAUGUUUGAGGUGAGCUAUAAUGAGACAUGUAGUUUAGUGAUGUUUGAGGUGAGCUAUCAUGGGGCAUGUAGCUUAGUGAUGUUUGAGGUGAGCUAUCAUAGGACAUGUAGCUUAGUGAUGUUUGAGGUGAGCUCUCUUCAUGGGACAUGUAGUUUAGUGAGGCUUGAGGUGAGCUAUCAUGGGACAUGUAGUUUAGUGAUGUUUGAGGUGAGCUCUCUUCAUGGGACACAUGUAGUUUAGUGAUGUUUGAGGUGAGCUAUCUUCAUGGGACAUGUAGUUUAGUGAUGUCCGAGAUGAGCUAUCUUGGGACAUGUAGUUUAGUGAUGUUUGAGGGGAGCUAACAUAGCGCAUGUAGUUUAAUGAUGUUUGAGGUGAUUCAUUAUGGGACAUGUAGUUUAAUGAUGUUUGAGGUAGGCUAUCAUGGGAUAUGUAGUUUAGGGAUGUUCAAGGUGACCUAUCGUAGGACACGUAGUUUAGUGAUGUUUGAGGUGAGCUAUCUUCAUGGGACAUGUAGUUUAGUGAUGUCCGAGAUGAGCUAUAAUGAGACAUGUAGUUAAGUGAUGUUUGAGGUGAGCUAUCAUGGGGCAUGUAGCUUAGUGAUGUUUGAGGUGAGCUAUCAUAGGACAUGUAGCUUAGUGAUGUUUGAGGUGAGCUAUCAUGGGGCAUGUAGUUUAGUGAUGUUUGAGGUAAGCUAUCAUGGGACAUGUAGCUUAGUGAUGUUUGAGGUGAGCUCUCUUCAUGGGACAUGUAGUUUAGUGAGGUUUGAGGUGAACUAUCAUGGGGCAUGUAGUUUAGUGAUGUUUGAGGUGAGCUAUCAUGGGGCAUGUAGUUUAGUGAUGUUUGAGGUGAGCAGUCAUGGGGUAUGUAGUUUAAUGAUGUUUGAGGUGAUUCAUUAUGGGACAUGUAGUUUAAUGAUGUUUGAGGUAGGCUAUCAUGGGAUAUGUAGUUUAGGGAUGUUCAAGGUGACCUAUCGUAGGACACGUAGUUUAGUGAUGUUUGAGGUGAGCUAUCUUCAUGGGACAUGUAGUUUAGUGAUGUCCGAGAUGAGCUAUCUUGGGACAUGUAGUUUAGUGAUGUCCGAGAUGAGCUAUCAUGGGACAUGUAGUUUAGUGAUGUUUGAGGGGAGCUAACAUAGCGCAUGUAGUUUAAUGAUGUCCGAGAUGAGCUAACAUGGCGCAUGUAGUUUAGUGAUGUUUGAGGUGGGCUAUCAUAGGACAUGUAGUUUAGUGAUGUUUGAGGUAAGCUAUCAUAGGACAUGUAGUUUAGUGAUGUUUGAGGUGAGCUAUCAUGGGACAUGUAGUUUAGUGAUGUUUGAGGUGAGCUAUCAUGGGACAUGUAGCUUUGUGAUGUUUGAGGUGAGCUAUCAUGGAACAUGUAGUUUAGUGAUGUUUGAGGUGAGCUAUCAUGGGACAUGUAGUUUAGUGAUGUUUGAGGUGAGCUAUCAUGGGACAUGUAGUUUAGUGAUGUGUGAGGUGAGCUAUCAUGGGGCAUGUAGUUUAGUGAUGUUUGAGGUGAGCUAUCAUGGGACAUGUAGUUUAGUGAUGUUUGAGGUGAGCUAUCAUGGGGUAUGUAGUUUAAUGAUGUUUGAGGUGAUUCAUUAUGUGAGAUGUAGUUUAAUGAUGUUUGAGGUAGGCUCCCUGGGACAUGUAGUUUAAUAAUGUCCGAGGUGGGCUAUCAUGGGAUAUGUAGUUUAGGGAUGUUCGAGGUGACCUAUCGUAGGACACGUAGUUUAAGGAUGUUUGAGGUGGGCUAUCAUGAGACAUGUAGUUUAAUGAUGUUUGAGGUGAUUCAAUAUGUAACAUGUAGUUUAGUGAUAUUUGAGAUGGGCUCCCUGGGACAUGUGGUUUAGUGAUUUUCGAGGUGAGCUAUCGUUGGGCAUGUAGUUUAGUGAUGUUUGAGGUGAGCUAUCACGGGACAUGUAGUUUAGUGAUGUUCAAAGUUGGCUGUCAUGGGACAUGUAGUUUAAUAAUGUCCGAGGUGGGCUAUCAUGGGAUAUGUAGUUUAGGUAUGUUCGAGGCGACCUAUCGUAGGACACGUAGUUUAAUGAUGUUUGAGGUGGGAUAUCAUGGGACAUGUAGUUUUUGUGAUGUUCAAGGUUGGCUAUCAUGGGACAUGUAGUUUAGUAAUGUUUGAGGUUGGCUAUCAUGGGACAUGUAGUUUAAUAAUGUCCGAGGUGGGCUUUCAUCGGAUAUGUAGUUUAGGGAUGUUCGAGGUGACCUAUCGUAGGACAUGUAGUUUAAUGAUGUUUGAGGUGAUUCAUUAUGUGACAUGUAGUUUAGUGAUAUCUGAGGUGGGCUCCCUGGGACAUGUAGUUUAGUGAUUUUCGAGGUGAGCCGUCGUUGGACAUGUAGUUUAAUGAUGUUCAAGGUGAACUAUUUUGGGACACAGAGUUUAGUGAUUUUUCAAUGUGAGUCAUCUUGGGAUAUGCAUUGAACUGGGAAAGUAUGUAUUGUUGUAUUGCAAAAAGGACAACAUGGUUUGAAAAAUAUAUUUAAAAGACAGUUCCUCAGUUAUCUAAACUAUAUUUCGUGUUGUUCUCCUUUCUUUUUUUACUUUGUCCUUUAGGAAUUGGUACAGUCCCUGUGGGCCGAGUUGAGACUGGCAUCCUGAGACCAGGGAUGGUGGUAACGUUUGCUCCAGUGAAUAUCACAACAGAGGUGAAGUCUGUGGAGAUGCACCAUGAGGCUCUCAGCGAAGCUCUUCCCGGAGACAAUGUGGGAUUCAAUGUCAAGAAUGUUUCUGUUAAAGACAUCCGCCGAGGCAACGUGUGUGGUGACAGCAAGGCCGACCCACCUCAAGAAGCUGCACAAUUCACCUCACAGGUUAGAAGAAAUACUUAAGUAGACUUUAUGUGCUAAAACUGACCCUCUUAUAUAUGUUUUAUAAACAUUUGUUACUGGUUUGUCUCUACUUUGCACUGGUAUAAAUAGCUUUUUAAAUUUUUAACAUAAAUACCUUUUUUCAUUGUUGAGAAACUAGAGGAUCCUCGGCUGCUAGGCUGUGUUCCCAUUUCCCACUAGUUCCCAUUUUCCAGGCAGUCAGUGAAUUAUCUCAAUUGAUAUAUAAUCCUGUACACAAACAGAUUCUGAAAACCCAAUUACUAAAUAACCAAUGGCCACUCUUAUCUGUUCCCUUUAGGUUAUCAUCUUAAACCAUCCUGGCCAGAUCAGUGCAGGUUACUCUCCAGUGAUCGAUUGCCACACUGCACACAUUGCCUGCAAAUUUGCAGAGCUAAAGGAAAAGAUCGACCGUCGAUCCGGGAAGAAACUGGAAGACAAUCCAAAGGCCCUAAAAUCCGGAGAUGCUGCCAUCGUAGAGAUGAUUCCUGGAAAGCCAAUGUGUGUAGAAAGCUUCUCACAAUACCCACCUCUUGGUAAGCACUUACCUCUUUAAUAGAGGACUUACUGGUUCAUCAUCUCCCAUUAAUUAUGGUCCACCUUUUAACCAUGUAUGAACAAUAAUAUUUAAGGCUGUGGUACUAUCUUAUUCCUCUUACAUUAAACUCAUCAAAAGACAAGAAGACUUCCUUUAACAAACCAAAACACAUCUAAAGUCAGUAAGUAUUAUUUCAACGUGUAAAUCUCUCUUACUGUCUAAGAUGUCGCACAGCAGCCAGUGCUUACUGAGGAGAAGAGCUAGUUAGGUGCACCAUAAUUAAUAUUCUACAUAGUGAUACAUUUUGGGGUUUAUUUACUAAACACCUCAUAGUAAAAGCUGAUUUAGAAAAAUGUUCCCACUUGAUCGUGGCUAUUUUUAUCUAAAAGUUCGAUAUGUUAUUCAAUUUGCUGUCAUUGGCUCUUGAAUGAAUAAACCACAUUGACGACUGGGGUUUCACACCUAAACUUAUAGGGAUACAAUAUUUAUUAAUUUCUAGAGUUGACUGAGUCGAAAUCUAUAGGGUCAAAACAUAUUCAGGGGGCCUAUUGUAAACUGUAAUUUGAACCAAUCCAUUUACUAUGUAAGAAGCUGCAUCAUAUUGGACCAUACCACAUCUUUUGGAGGUCAUGACAUGAGAGAUAUACUUGAAGACAAAAUUCAAAUAUUUGGGGUUGUUUUCUGAUGAGGAACAUAUUUUGUAAAGCAAUCACAUUUUUAAAACCGUCAUCUUAGACUUAUAGGUAUUUUAGACUUAUAGGUGAUCUUAUCAAAGAUCCUAAAUUGUGCCUCCUGGAGGAGGUGACUUGUCAGCUAGUGGGGUAACAGAGAGAGUGUGGCAGUCUGUAUGGAGCUGAUAUUUCUUCAAUUUAUCUCUCGCAGGGCGCUUUGCCGUACGGGACAUGAGGCAGACGGUGGCCGUUGGCGUCAUCAAAAAUGUGGAGAAGAAAAGUGGUGGUGCCGGCAAAGUCACGAAAUCUGCACAGAAAGCCCAGAAAGCUAGCAAAUGAAUCGCAGGCUCCCUGCGUCUGGUGCACAAGCCCUGCCCCACCGAGAGGGUCCGCCGCCUUCCCUUUGAAGUGCACGUCAGCCCAUCUGCUUGUAAAAGCCUUUACGUUAACGACUGGAUGCUCACCAUUAAAGUCCAGUGGAAGUUCUUUAAGAGGAAAAGCAUGCCCCCACUGUGUGACCCAUAGUGUCCAUUUUACCAAUUAAACCGGUACCGCGUCUGUCAUGUGAGACUGUCGUGGUUUAUUUCAGACAGGUCGGGGAGAGUUUAAUCUAAUUGUGCCG